GUCCCGAUGCCGCCUUGCUCCGAACAGCUUUUCAGAAGCUCGGCAUUGACCUGCAUGGCCUUCCGGGAAGCCACUGUGAAUGGGGCGGCGUGUGGUGCUACUCUGACCGGUGCACGGUGAAGGGUCUCAAUCUCGGCGGUCGGAACUUGACAGGAGAGCUGCCGCCCGAAAUCGGGGACUUGGCAGAACUGCGGGACUUGUGGCUGUACAACAACCGGAACCUGAGAGGCGAACUGUCCACCCUUGCCAAGCUGGUGCACCUCGAGGCACUCGUGUUGCGCUCCACCCAGAUCCGAGGGGAUCUAAGCUUCGUGAGCCGCAUGGAGAAGAUGCGGAUACUCAAUCUCGGAGAGACACAGGUGGCAGGCAAUCUGCAGCCGCUGGCAAACCUGACCGAGAUGACCGGGCUGGGGCUCCGCAACACUCGGGUGGGUGGGGAUCUAUUGCCCCUGGCUGAGAUGCACAAGAUGCGAUAUCUCUAUCUCGGAGGCACCCAGAUCCAAGGCCAGCUGCAGCCGCUGGCAAACCUGACCGAGAUGAUCGAACUAGGGCUCGGAAACACCUGGGUCGGCGGGGAGCUUCGGUCGCUGCAGGCCGGAGGACCCCUGGAGUUCCUGACGGAGUUCCCUAAGCUGGAAGAGGCCAACUUGGCCUCGACGGCCGUAACCGGACGCGGGGAACCCAGACUCACGGCCUAG